UAUAGAAAUAGGGUUUAUCAUCGUCUACACCCAAAAUCCACACUCACAGUCCAAACCCCAACUGCACUCCCUCUCUCAAUCUACCGGCCCAGAUUUGCAGUUUUGGCCUUCUCUACUGAUUGGCUAAGUCAUGUAUGCAACUAAGGGUAGCUGGGCUGGACAAACAUUUGCCCUAGCUAACAGCAAUGACUCCAUGGGGAAGAAAUCAAGAAUUCGACGGUCAAAAGAAGAACGGAAGGCAUUGGCUGAAUCUUUUAUUAAGCAAUAUCAGAAAUUAAACAAUGGAAAUUUUCCGUCCCUCAAUCUCGCGCACAAAGAAGUUGGUGGAUCCUUCUACACAGUGCGAGAGAUUGUUCGAGAGAUUAUUCAAGAAAAUAGAGUGUUAGGUCCACCCAAAAUCUCUUCAGAAGAACAUAACAAUCAAGAAUUUCUGGAACAACAUCCGCUAGGCUCCAUUACUAUGGGAACUCAAAUCGACUCAUCCGUAUCAGGUAGCAUUGAUGUGGUGACUCAUAUUUUGCCAGAAAACAUUUCUACUUCCAAUGAGCAGUUAAAUGGAUCUUUCCCCUUUGAGUUGGAUAAUGAACAAAUAAAAGGAUUAAGCGAGGUGGCUGAAAAUGAUGAAGCCAUUGAUAGAACUAGCAAAAGUCAUCACGGACUUGAUGAUUACCUGGUAAAUAAUGAUGAGAAGAUUGUGAAUGGUGUUGGGAUACUUGAGGAAAGUUCACAUGUUGAUAAACCAGUCGUAAUAGAUAUUGACCGUGAAGAUAAUAAUGAUGGUGAUCUUUCCUCUAGCCAAAAGGCUAAAAAGAAUGACGAGACAGUUGAUAAAAAUAAAGAGUUUGUGGAACAAAUUAAUGCAAAGUCUGCGGCUAUUGAGGUUCUGGAUACAGAGAGUUAUGGAGCUCAACAUGUAGAAACGUUCGAAACUGUAAAUUCUCUUGUAAACUCUAAUGUUGUUGUUGAGACAUUUCCAUUAAGGCCGGUGCCUAGGGCGGUUCAUGACAUGGAUGAGAAAGCACCGGUAAAUCUUCAGAGUUCGAUUUUGGAAGGUUUUGUGCCAGUUGGGGUUGAUAAAGGUGGUGAGAUAGCAGAGCUUGUAUCUGGUGAUGCUUCACCCAAUGAAAUUACUAAGGUUUCAACUAAAUGCGCGAUUUCCGAAAACUCCACUUUAGCGGAAAGCAAAGCUAGUGAUGAAGAUAGUAGCGGUUACCCCAAUGGGAAGAAUCCAACACUAAACAGGAUAAAUCUUGGAACUUGGGAAGGGACAUCAAAGAAAUCUUCCCAACCUGAAAAGAAUUCACUCCUGGCCAUUGUGAAGGCAUUCAUCUCUUCUAUUGUGAAAUUUUGGACUGAGUAGUACAUUUUCUGUUUGACUGUCUUCUCUUAGAAAACAGGUUAGGCUGGUUCUUUCAAAAAGCAUAUUUUCUCUGCAUCCUACGGUACCUUUUUUUGGUAAUUUGUUGUUUGUGAUCUUGCGAAUGAGCUUUAGUUGGCAGAUUUAUAUUCUGAGAAGGUGAACUGAAGUUCUGUUUUCAGUAUGAUGCUCUGGAGAUUUCAUAUACUAGAUUUAGCCUAAUUAGUAAAUACAUAUCCCAAUAUAUUUCAGAAUCCAAAGUCUCCUUGAUAUGUGCCUGUUAUCUGCAGACUGGAAACCACACGUAUUGUGAUAAUUAGUUAGAUUUAGACAAACCAUGGCAAUAUUCAUUAAAUUACAAGAUAGCUAGAUUCUUGUUUUCUUUUUGAUAGUUUGGCCACACCUAUGGAUAUUAAUAUAUUAUUGAUACUUAUCCCUAGUUCAUAUUCAAUAAUCCUUGGAUGAAAAGACCUGGUAAAGGUGCGAAAAUCUACCAAGCACAGGAAUAUAUAUGUAUGUAAUUUUCAUUUUAUUGAGAUUGACAGCCUGCCACUGAAGGCAUGUUAGAGUUAACUGCAGAAAGCAUGAAUUUAUAUACUACUGUAAAAUUUCUUUUUGAUGUCUUUUCAUGUAUGUUUAUCUGUUUCUGAGUCCACGGGUCUGAGUUUUGAGGCUUAUAUUGAUAAU